CUUUUCCCAGUGGAGCUGGAGAAUAGGCUUCAAUGAAAACUGCCUGUUUGCAGCCAUAUGAAGACUGCAGGCGCCACGGGCACUGUUUCUUCCACCUGACCUGGAGCAGAAACUCCACCAUCAGGGUAGGAAGGUAUCCUUGUUGCCUAGCAAAGGUGGGAUGAUUUAUCUCUGUCUCUAGAUUGGUCACUCUGCUGCACAAGAGAAUUGUUUUCAGACUUCCAAGGAGAAUGAAGCCAGGCUAGAAAUCGUAGUGGAUGUGUGAGAGCUGCUCUCCCAGGGAGGAGAAGGAUUCCCAGGGUUUCUGUGCUUUCUGCUUCCUUGUACCACAGGACCAUGGUUUUAUCAGCCCCUGUGAUAGCCCUGGGGGCUACCUUAGGGACUGCAACCAGCAUCCUUGCCCUCUGCGGGCUCACCUGCUUCUGCAAAUGCAAGCAACCUGAGAAAGGACUCUCAGAAAAGGACCAAGAGGACGACACAGAAAACACUAAGCCCAGUGUGCUUCAGCCAGUCCAGCAAUUCAACGUUAAGAAAACUGCAGAGCCAGUCCAGCCUCGAGCACUCCUGAAGUUUCCCAACAUUUAUGGUCCCAAACCAGUAGUAACUUCGCCUGAAAUUGUUAACUACACACAGUACUCCCUGAAGACCACAGAGGAAACAGCUGCUGGGAAGCACACUGGUCUGGAUGAGAGCAGGAUGAAGAUACAGGUUAACGAGGAGCUCUUUGUACUCCCUCAAAACGUUGCAGGUGUGGUAAAGGACGUGUGUGUUACAGAGCACUUGAACCCAGAGAGGGCAGCCAGCUGCAACCAGGCCCCCGAGCUGCACUACUCCCUUGCCUAUGAUCAACAGAAAGCUGAGCUCUGUGUGGCCCUACUGGAAGCAAUGCAUGGUGGAAUGAGCGGGGACCAAGAGGCUGGCUGCCAUUGCUAUAUCCUGGGCACGCUGGUGAGCAAAUCCGGCAUUGCUGAGGCCCAGACAGAGCUGAAGAAGAAAGUGCUGCACACCCUUUGGGAGGAGGUCCUGAGAUUCCCAUUAACAGAGGAUGAUCUGCCAGAGGGGACACUGACUCUCACCCUGAGAAACUGCGACAAGUUCUCCAGGCACAGCAUUGUGGGGGAACUCAAACUGAGCCUUGCAAACAUGAAGGAGUCCUUUGGGACAGCCCAGUGGGAAAGGCUAAAGAUCCCAGAGAAGGAGCCUUCUACAGGUCACGGGGAGGUUCUGCUGUCUAUCAGCUACCUGCCAGCAGCUAAUCGUCUGCUGGUGGUGAUUAUUAAGGCUAAAAAUCUCCAUUCCAAGCAGCUGAAAGAUCUACUUGGCAAUGAUGUUUCUGUCAAGGUGACACUGAGGCAUCAGUCCUUGAAACUGAAGAAGAAGCAGACCAAACGUGCCAAGCACAAGAUCAACCCCGUAUGGAAUGAGAUGAUCAUGUUUGAGGUGCCUCACGAGCUCCUGCCUGCCUCCAGCGUGGAGCUGGAAAUGCUGAGCCAGGAUCGUGCUGGGCAGAGCCACGUGCUUGGCAAGUGCAGCCUGGGCUUACAUGUCACAGGCACGGAGAGGAGCCACUGGGAAGAAAUGCUGAGGAACCCCAGGAGACAGAUAGCCAUGUGGCACCAGCUCCACAUGUAGGCUCACCAUGAUUACUGCCAACCAGACUUCCACCAGGCCUCAGAGCUUGGGGGAAUAAGCUGCAUUUCGCCUGCUCCCUUCCCCUCCACAAAGCUGCUCAGCACAGCGUUCCUCUUACACCACCUUCUCUGAUGUUCAUGCCUCAGCCUAGCCCAGGAAACUGUCUGCAAAACACUUCUAAAGGACAACCUCUCACCUAAUCAAGUGGUUCUCUCAAAGGAGGGGUCUCUCUGGAUGAUUUGAAUUUGUGUGAUUUGCCUGCCCACUGUCAUUUCUGUGAGACGUAGAGGGGAGCAAAGGGCCCAUGGAAACCCAAGCCAUUCUUGGCACCUGGCACUGUCACCCACAUCCUUUGAUAAGAGCUUGCUCUAUAACUACAAACAUGUGGCAGAUGUUCUGCCAGUUAAUGUUUUUCUCAGCACUUUAGACUGCGAGACAUGAAGAUCACAAAGCCAAGUAACUGCAGACUCAAGGAAUCAGCACAACAGAGAGGAGCCAGCUGCAGACCCACAGGAUCAGCAUGACAGAGAGAAGCCAACACGCAGUAGUAGAGGGAUAGCCAGACAAAGAUACAGAACUGAGGGAGAGGACAGAGGGCGAGGAGAGUGUGGGACAGUCAAUGUUGGCAUCCUCUGUGGUAGCCUUUGAAGCAAACACUGCCAAACAAGAAGUCAAGUUCCUUCCUUUACCUUUGUUUCCUUUUAUUUAGCAUUCAUGAGAACUGCUGAAAACAAGAAUGUUUCAGGAUCCUUUAGCAGAAUGCCUUUGUCGUCUGACUUUCUACAGUGUCACCUAGGAAGGCUCUAGGCGUGGACAGAAGGUUAUUGUUGACGCUACUUCCAAAAACCUGGACCAGAUCUUUCUGCUUCCAACUGCCUUCUCUGUUUGUGUUGGGUUGUUUUUCUGAGUUCCAAAUACUCUACAUUCUAAGCAACAUCUCAGGGUAGGCAAAAGAAGUGGAAUAAUUUCAUACCUUAGCAGCUGAUUGAUGGUUUUGGUUUGACAGUUGACUAUGACUUCUCACCCUUGAGAACUGCCAUGUGUUUCAUUGCUUCCAGACAGAAAGAAUUCCCUGACCAGACAGACUCUCCAGGGCUUGUUUUUCUGUGCGUGCUUUCCAGACUUGAUGUGGCUUAAAUGUUGCUCUUUACUGUCCUUUUUUGUGUGUGUGCCUAGACGGGCUGAAAGUCUGGCAUUGGCAGUGAUGAUGCCCUGACCCCGUAAGCACACAGUGUGUCCUGCUGCUUUAUGUCAAGUAGGAGGCACAGCUGUAGGGGACUUCCAUGGGGAUCAGACAUCUGGGACUUUGACAACAGAACUGUAGAGUUUGUAGCACUGAAAAGCUCAGAAAACUUCCUGUUUGCAGGGGCAGCUUGAUCCUCUGCUGAAUUCACAAUAGUAAGCUAGGCUUCAUCAAGGGUCCAUCUCAUUUUGAUGGCUUAGUCAAACAGUAGGAAGCUGGCAUCCUGUUGGCAAAGGGAAACCACCAGAACCAGUGAACUGAAAACUGGCUGAAGCACCAGGCACAGAGAGCUACGAACAGGAGAAGGACAUGGCUUCAGCUGGAACAGGAGACUGGCAUGAGUUCAGCUGGAAGCCAGUCAUGAGUGGUGACUGGGGCUGGUAGUAAGAGUGCUACUGCUGGACACCUUCACAAAUCACUUGGAUGAUGGGGCAGAAACAGGCCCUCAGCAAGCCUGCAGAGAAUACAAAACCAGGAGUAGUUGUUGAUCACAGAAUCACAGAAUGUUAGGGGCUGGAAGGGACCUCAAGAGAUUAUCCAGUCCAACCCCCCUGCCAAAGCAGGAUCACCUAUACCAGAUCACACAGGAACACAUCCAGCUAGGUCUCCAGAGAGGAAGACUCCACAACCCCCCCGGGCAGCCUGUUCCGGUGUUCUGUCACAGGGAAAUAACUCUUCCUUCUGUUUCCAUGAACUUCCUAUGCCUCAGCUUCCACCAGUGCUCAUUGUGCUGUCACUGGGCAUCACUGAGCAGAGCCUAGCUGCACAUCUUUAUAACACUAGUGAGGUCACCCCUUAGUCUCCUCUUCUUCAGGGCAGUCUUGUUGCCAUUCAGAGAGAUGUGGAAGGCCUGGAGAAAUGGGCUGAGAGGAACCUUCUGAAGUUCAGCAUGGAGACAAGCCUUGUACCUGGGAGAGAAUAAAUCCACACAUUAGGACAUGCUGGGUGCCACCCAGCUGGAAAUCAGUUUCCCACAAAAGGACCUGGUAGUCCUGGUGGACACCACACUGAACAUGAGCCAGCAAUGUGCUUAUGCAGCAAAGUGGGUCAGCAGUGUCUUGGGCUGCACUAGGAAAAGCAGGUCAAGGGGAGUAACCCUUCCUCUGCUCUGCAUUGGUGAGAGCACAUCUGGAGUGCUGUGCCAAAUUCUGGGCACCCCAGUGGUAGAAAGACAUGGACUUGCUGGAGAGAGUGCAGCAAAAGGCCAUGAGGAUGAUAAAGGGACUGGAGCAUCUUCUGUAGGAGCAGAAGCUGGGAGAGCUGGGACUGUUCAGUCUGGUCAAGAGAAGGGUUGGGAAAGUGACAUGUAUAAAGGUAUACAUCAAUAUGUAUAAAUACCUGAUCUGGAGGAGGAGAAAAGGAGAUGGAGCCAGACCCUCUUCAGUGAUGUCCAGUGACAGGGUAAGAGGCAAAGACACAAAUCUUUCCUGUAAAAUUCACAGAAUCACAGAAUGUUAGGGGUAGGGAGGGACCUCCAGAGCUCAUCCAGUCCAACCCCCCUGCCAGAGCAGGAUCAUCUAGGGCAGAUCACACAGGAACACACCCAGGCAUGUUUUGAGUAUCUCCAGCACUGUUCCAGUGCUCUGUCACCCUCAUGUUGAGGUGGAACCUCCUGUGUUCUAGCUUGUGCCUGUUGUUCCUUGUCCUAUCACUGAGCACCACUGAAAAGAGCCUGCCCCCUUCUUGACACCCACCCCUCAGAUAUUUAUAGAUAGAUGUUGAUGAGAUCCCCUCUCAGUCUUCACCCAAACCGCUUUAUUACUGUGAGGACUUUCAGAUGCUGGAACAAGUUGCCAAGAGAGGUUUUUGGGAGUCCCCAUUGGAGACACUCAAAAAUGUAAGGGGCUGGAGUGCUGAACAACCUGCUCUAGUAUGCCCAGCUUUGAGCAGGGGUCAAGCUGAUCUCCAGAGAUCCUUUCCACCUUCAGAGUGAGGCUGUGAAGCGAUGAAGAGACCCACAAGGGUGCUGUGCACUGCAACCACUGUUGCCUUCAACCUGGUCUUCCCUCCCUAGGUGGGUAGCCAGGAGUUAUGGGAUCAUUGCAAUGAGAGGGACAAAACCAUCUUUGGCCAACCAGCCAGAAAAGCUAAGUAUGCCAGUGAGUCUUACACCCAGAGCUGGGUUCAUCUCACUCCACUGGCUGGAGGGGAUUGAAACAAAACCAAAAUGCACUUCUUGUUUUGCUCUGUGGGUUUUUGUUUAGUAACAAAAAGCUUUUGAAUAAACCAGACACAGGGGGUUAGGGCACAGUGGAUUCUUAACAGUUGCUGUGUUCAUGGUUUGCCUGUAGACAUACCCAUAGCUCUGGAAUCAUCAUUCCCAUUUAGGUGCAAAAUUCAUUGGCCUGCUCUACAUACAGGCUCCUGGCAGCACUGUUGGUUCUUCCUUUAGGGCCAUGAUAAGAAGGAUCACUUCAUGGUAUGAUGCUAUUUGGCUGGCACUGAAGAGCCUGGAGGACCAAAUAUUUGCUUUGCUGCCAAGGGAUUUCUCUAGUACUGCUUCCCUGCUUAUUUUAAUGAGCCUUUUAUAAUGUCUUGGUGACUGAGUGCUAAGAGCUUUAUCUGCCUCUGCCCCUGGUGAUGCUGGCAGGCCCUCUCAUUAGACAGCAAUCCUGUAGCUUCCAAAGGACUAGCUCCUUGCAGUCUGAUCUUGCUGUGACUAAAUAAUGUCCCCUUUUACUGCAUAGGCUGGGCAGUGACUGAGAGCAGCCCUGAAGAAAAGGACUUGGGGGUGCUGGUAGAAGAGAAGCUCAACAUGAGGCAGCGGUGAGCACUUGCAGCCCAGAGAGCCAACCACAUCCUGGGCUGCAUCAAGAGAAGCAUAGCCAGCAGGGUGGGGGAGGUGAUUCUCCCCCUCUACUCCACUCUGGUGAGACCACACCUGGAGUACUGUGUCCAGUUCUGGAGCCUCUAUUACAGGAAGGAUCUGGAGGUGCUGGAACAUGUCCAGAGAAGGGACACAAGGAUGAGCAGAGGGCUGGAGCUGCUCUCCUAUGAGGACAGACUGAGAGAGUUGGGGCUGUUCAGUCUGGAAAGGAGAAGGCUCCCAGGAGACCUUCUUGUGACCUUCCAGGAUCUGAAGGGGGCUACAAGAAAGCUGGGGAGGGACUUUCGAGGGUGUCAGGGAGUGAUAGGACUGGGGGGGAUGGAGCAAAACUAGAGGUGGGUAGAUUCAGAUUGGAUGUUAGGAAGAAGUUCUUCCCUAUGAGGGUGGUGAGACACUGGCACAGGUUGCCCAGGGAGGUGGUGGAAGCCUCAUCCCUGGAGGUUUUUCAGGCCAGUCUGGAUGUGGCUGUGAGCAACCCACUCUAGUGUGAGGUGUCCCUGCCCAGGGCAGGGGGAUUGGAACUGGAUGAUCUUUGAGGUCCCUUCCAACUCUGACAAUUCUGAGAUUCUAUACAGAACAGGUGAGUGCACACUGCUCAGCCCCAGCUCUGUCUUAGGAGGCAAGUGGCAGUGAUGGUCCCUCCCGUGCUGCCAUGGGAUUUAAAAUUGGGGUGAGCAGAGGAGUGCAAAGGGCUGCAUCGCUCCUGGCUGCAACGUUCUUGUUGUCUGGCAUCCCAGCCUGCAGAGAAUGCUUCCUGCUUCCAGCAUACACUGGACAAAAGACUGCAGGUGUGCAGUCAGGGAGGCAGUGGCCAUUUGCUGGGGCUGCAGGCAGGCUGUCCAGGGAGAUGGUUGGGGCCCAAUCGCUGGAGAUACUCAAGGUGAGGCUCAGCAGGGCUCUGGGCAGCCUGAUCUAGUUGAGGAUGCCCCUGCUUACUGCAGAAGAGGUUGGACUAGUUGACCUUUGGAGGUCCCUUGGAACCCAGACUAUUCUGUGAU